AUGAGUAAUUCAUAAAAUAAAUCAAAAUAAUCAGAGUAAACUCAAACUAUUGAUUAUUAUUAAUAAUUAAAUGAAAAUCCAGCUUAAAUUAUCUAUAAUGUAUCCUUAUUAGAAAGGACUAUAUUUUAAUUACUAAAAAAAUAUCCAGAAGUAUUCACUUACAAUUAAUAAUAAAUAUAUGAUGGCAAAAGCAAUGGUGCUAAUUUUAUUUUAGAAAAUGGAUUGUUAUUAGGUAAAGGAGCUUAUGGUAAUGUAUACUAAACAGUAAAUCCAAAUACUAAUUUAUAAGCUGCUUUAAAGGUAUAAGAGAAUUGUGAUUUUGAUGAAGUAAUUUCAUAAGCAGAAGAAUUUAAAAUAUAAAAGUAGAUUGCUAUACAUUAUCCAGAAUGUAUCAUCUAAAUAUAAAAUAAAAUUGUAAUUAGUUUAAAAUAUAUGAAUACUUAUCGUAUGUAUGCUUAUUUAGAUUUAGGAAUGGGAAAUUUAAAAGAAUAUUAAAUUAAAUUUUAGAAAUUUACUGAUUAACAAUUGAAUAAUAUGUUUGAUUGUAUUUUAGAUAGUAUUAUUAAAAUUCAUUCACUAAAAAUUGCACAUGGUGAUAUUAAAUUGGAAAAUAUUAUAAAUACAUAAUAAAAUGGUUGGGUUUUAGCUGAUUUUGGAUGUGCAAUUUAAUAUACAACACCUUAUGGUGAAUAUCCUAUUGUUGGAACUAGAGCUUAUAUGCAAAAAUAAAUAAGAGAAGCUUUAAAACAUAACUUAAAAUUAUUUAAAAUGAAUUUAUUUAAAAAAGAUAUCUAUGCAUUUUAAUUAACUAUGCUUUAGAUACUUUAUCCUGAAGAUAAUAUUAUAAGUUUAUAAUAAAUUUUAGAUAAAUAAUAAAGGAUACAUCCAAAAAUAGAUUAAUUAUAUAAUAAAGAUUAUUUCCAAAUAAAAAUGUAAUUUUAAUAAAAAAAAUUCAUUAGAACCUCAUUAAUUUAAGAAUCAAUUUAAAGUAUCAAUGACAUAAAAAUGAAAUUGGAAAAUAAUUACAAACUUAGUUUCUAUUAUAAAGUAUAUCAAGAUUCAUUAAAUUUACCUUAUAAUAAAGAUAUGAUAUUUUGGACUUAAACUUUGUUAAAUUCAGCUAUUUAAGAUUUUUCUGAUGAGAAAGAAAGAAUAAAACAAAUUAUGAUUUUGGAUACCUUUGUCGAUAAAUAUUCUAAUCGUACAUCAGCCUUAGAGAUUUUUGAAGAGAUUUAAUUUGAAGAUUUGACAAAAUUUGAAUAUGAUUUAUAUUAUGAUGUUUUUGAAAAGAAAGGCUAGAAAAUGCUUUAAUUGAUGCUUUGUCAAGGAUAUUAAGCAAUUUUAGAGGAAUAAAAUAGCAAUUUAAAGUUUCAGGAAGCAGAAUUACUUUACAUCAUUGGUUAAUGGGAUUAAGCUAAAGUAGUUAUAAAUAGUAUUCAAAAUGAAUUAGAAUUAGAGAAUGAUGAAAUUUUACUUAAAUUUAUAUGUUUAAAAGCUCGAUUAAAUGAUUAAUGGAUAAAUACUAGAGAAGAUAUUAUUCCAUAUUUAAUUAAUUAUAAAGAUAUGUAUUAAAUCUUAAUUGAAUGGAAAUUCAUAUUAAUAGAUUCAAUUUGGUUAAACAAAUCUAAAAAUAUUUUAAAUACUACUUAUCAUAGAAACUAAAAUUAAUUUUUUGAUGGACUAAUUUCAUUUGGAAAUUUAAAAGUAGAAAAUUAGUAAAAACCUAUUAAAUUAGAUUUUUAAUAAUAUAUCAAAACAUUUUAUAUAGAUUCAGAAAAAGUAAUCUAUGAAAGUGGUAGUAAUAUUAUUAAAUAAAUGUAACAGUUCGAUUAUGAUAAAUAUGCUAUAUUUUAUUAAGGUUGGAUAUAUUGUGAAAUAUUAUAGUAUCAUAAUAUAUAUCAAUCUUUUAUCGAAGAAUUUUUAGAAUUUAUUGAGUAAAAUCUUGAAGGUUAUAAUUUUAAUUGGGUUAUUUAUGAUUGUUAUGCACUAUUUUUAAUACAUAAUAAAGAUUUUAUAAAAGCUAAACAAUAUUUAUAGAAAGCAAUGAAGUUAGUAUAAAAUGAUUAUAUAUAUCAUUAAUUUACACUUUAGCAUCAUUUAUUUUAAUUGCAAAUCUAAGAAAAAAAUUUUGAAUGUGUUGAUACUUUUAUUACAAUCAUCAAUUUUAUAAAGUAAAUGCCUAAUUCUAAAUUUACUUAAUAUUUAUUUGCAAGUUUAUUAUAAGAAAUGAUUUAUAUGUGCAAUUUACAUGAAUAAUUAAAUUUAAGAGAUUUUUUAAAUUAAGCAGUUUAAAUUUUAAAAUCCUAAUUAAAUGGGGUUAAAGUUAUCUAAAUCCUCAACUAUAUGAGUCUAAAAGAGGAAGCUAUUGAAAACAACAAUUUUUUUUCUCUUAAAUCUGCAAUGUGGCAAUCCUUACCAGAAUUACUUGAAAUAUCAGGAGAUGAAUAUGAAGAGGAAGUCCUUAUUGGUUUACAUUAGUUAUUUGUGCUAUUAGAAUUAUUGAAAUUAUAAUUAAAAGAUGAAACAAGGUAUACAUCAAGAUGGAUCUAAUCUAUGAUAAUAUUUAAUUAAAUAGGAUUUAAUAUUCAGAAGUUUCCUAAGCAAAUUGUAAACGUAGUUCCAUGUCUUUAUGCACGUUCAUGUCAUAGAUAAGGCGACGAAAGAAAAUUGGAUGAAGCAAAAGAGUUAUAUAUGUUUCAACUUAAAAAUCUUAGUUGGUUUUAUUGA